UUUGUGCAGACAGAAUUUCAAAUGAGGCCCGUUAAGUCGACCCCAAAUGGGUUGAUAUCACAGAUAUAUCUACUAACUAAGCACGUCAUCAACAAUUCUUUGUAGAAUUACAUCAACAAAAUAAACUUUUCCUAUCUCAAAUUUCCUUGAUUUCAAGUGGGUCCGUUGUUGGUUAUUCUUUCGGAAUGGCCGUGCAAUAAUGCAUUGUAACAGAUGUAAAGUCUCAAUAUCAACCUAUUUCUUGAUGAUCUGUUGAAAGACACAGCCAUGUGAUCUUGAGCUUCUUAUGUCUUCCAACCAAACCCCACCAGAAUGCAUCGUAACCAAUUAGUCUGCAAGCCAUUAGUUUCCUAUAUACAUUCUUCCAUCUAUAUAUACAAGUGCAUUAACCUAUUUCUUGAUGAUCUGUUGAAGGACACAGCCAUGUGAUCUUGAGCUUCUUAUGUCUUCCAACCAAACCCCACCAGAAUGCAUCGUAACCAAUCAGUCUGCAAGCCAUUAGUUUCCUAUAUACAUUCUUCCAUCUAUAUAUACAAGUGCAUUAUCCACACCAGAGCCAACGCAUUAUUCUCACAUCCUCCACUACUAGCAAAUCUUACCCUUCUUUCAAGUCUUAUCUGAUCUUCCUCAUACUCCAAAUCACUAAUAGCAAUGGCUAUCAGUGUGCCUAAAAUUACACAUGCCAAGCAGAUUCUUCGUCAGUCUAAACUGUUUGCAAAUCAAGCAACCUCUACCUCAAAGGAUGUUCCCAAAGGAUACUUUGCAGUCUAUGUUGGAGAGAGCCAAAAGAAGCGAUUUGUAGUUCCAAUUUCAUUCUUGAAGCAACCUUCAUUUCAGAAGUUGUUAAGUAUAGCUGAGGAAGAAUUCAGAUUCAAUCAUCCUAUGGGUGGACUCACAAUUCCUUGCGGAGAAGAUUUCUUCAUUGAUCUCACUUCCCGCUUGCGUUAGUCGCCAACAGCUAAAAAACCUCAUCAGCAAUACAAUUUGUGUCUAUUCAUGCACAUCCUUCUGUUCUUUUUGGCAGAAAGAGAUGACCAAAUGUAUACUCUUGUGAGAAAUUAUUUUAAUACAAAUUAUACUGUUCUAUUCUCAAUUUACCUUCCAUUUAUUCUUAUCAAAAACAUUGUUACGGUUUGAUAAUUUGAUAUUGCUCCUUUCCAGGAUUUAAUGUUACAUUUUCCUAUCUUUCAAAAUUUGGCACAAUGAGACGAAUUUUCAAACACUGCUAAUCAUUGGAAUAAAGAAUGACAACAACCAUCAAUUUCUAGAGCCUUAACAAGAUCCACCCACCUAUCAAAACCAACUUUUCUCCAAUUUUCGUGUCUGAUGAACAUGUAGGGUAUUCGUAGCUUACCUGGAAAUAUCAAUCUCGCUCCAACCCAAGCCUGGAAUCUUACUCGUUUUUCUAAGGAAAUUAAACCCUAAUUUUUCUAGGAAAAUGGGUGCGGAGAAACAAGAAAACCUUGGUACUGGAAAGGAAGAAAAUCAGGAUUACGAAUAACACAGAAGCGGAUAUCAGUAUACGCUGUUGCUAUGAGAUCGGUUAGCCUCCAAGAUGACAAUCUUAUCCGUAUCCAACAAAAAAUUCGAAAUUUAUCAGAAUAAAAAUAUUUUUAUUGAGUA